GCCUCACCCUCCUAUAUACCAGCCGCCCACUUCGCUCGAUCGCUUGCAUUUUCCUCACGGUAGUUUCACGCGCACCACACGCUCCAGCAGAGACACGGGAGGGAGUUUUCCUAUAUAUUUUGGUCGUCUCUGGAUCUGGACACAGAGAAAGGAGAGAGCGCGUGGCGUGGCACGUAUGGGGCAAGAGGCAGCCGUCGUGGCAGCGAACGGCGCCGGCGCCGGCAGCAGCAAGCCGCACGCCGUGGUGGUGGCGUACCCGCUGCAGGGGCACGUCAUCCCGGCGGGGCACCUGGCGCUGCGCCUCGCCGAGCGCGGCUUCGCCGUCACCUUCGUCAACACCGAGUCCGUGCACCACCGGACGGCGCGCGCGCUGGGCGGCGGCGCCGGCGACAUCUUCGCGGGCGUGCGCGCGCGCGGCGAGGGGCUGGACCUGCGGUACGAGCUGGUGAGCGACGGCUUCCCGCUGGGGUUCGACCGGUCCCUGAACCACGACCAGUUCAUGGAGGGCCUCCUGCACGUGCUCCCGGCGCACGUCGAGGAGCUCCUCCGCCGCGUCGUCAAAGACCCGGCCACCACCUGCCUCGUCGUCGACACCUUCUUCGUCUGGCCGGCCACGCUGGCCCGGAAGCUGGGGGUCCCCUACGUGUCCUUCUGGACGGAGCCCGCGCUCAUCUUCAACCUCUACUACCACAUGGACCUGCUCGCCGAGCACGGCCACUUCAAAUGCAAAGAGCCUCGCAAGGACACGAUCACGUACAUCCCCGGCGUGGCGUCGAUCGAGCCGGGCGAGCUCAUGUCGUACCUGCAGGAGACGGACACCACCUCCGUGGUGCACCGCAUCAUCUUCAAGGCGUUCGACGAGGCCCGGCGCGCCGACUACGUGCUGUGCAACACCGUGGAGGAGCUGGAGCCGUCGACCAUCGCCGCGCUGCGCGCCGCCGGCAAGCCCUUCUACCCCGUGGGCCCCAUCUUCCCGGCGGGGUUCGCGCGCAGCGCCGUGGCCACGUCCAUGUGGGCCGAGUCCGACUGCUCCCGCUGGCUGGCCGCGCAGCCGCCGGGGUCCGUGCUCUACGUCUCCUUCGGCAGCUACGCGCACGUGACGCGCCGGGAUCUGCACGAGAUCGCGGCCGGGGUGCUCGCCAGCGGCGCGCGGUUCCUGUGGGUGCUGCGCCCGGACGCGGUGAGCUCCGACGACCCGGACCCGCUCCCCGAGGGGUUCGCGGCGGCGGCGGCGGCGGGGCGCGGGCUGGUGGUGCCCUGGUGCUGCCAGGUGGAGGUGCUCUCGCACGCCGCCGUGGGCGCGUUCCUCACGCACUGCGGCUGGAACUCCGUCCUGGAGAGCGUGUGGGCGGGCGUGCCGAUGCUGUGCUUCCCGCUGCUCACGGACCAGAUCACCAACCGCCGCCUCGUCGCGCGGGAGUGGCGCGCCGGCGUCUCCAUCGGGGACCGCGGCGCGGUGGCCGCCGACGAGGUGAGGGCGCGGAUCCAGGGGGUGAUGGGCGGGGAGGAGGGCGAGAAGCUCAGGGAGCAGGUGCGGAAGCUCAGGGCCACGCUCCAGGCCGCCGUGGCACACGGCGGCUCGUCGCGGAGCAACUUCGACGAGUUCGUCGACGUGCUGAAGCGCCGCUGCGGGGGGCACUGAGGAUCAGAGCUACCCGGUCGAGGAAGCAGCCUAGCCGCGCCAAGUCUAUCUGGAACACGUGGGCAUGUACUAUCAUGUGUAGCUGUUGUAUCCUCCAGUGUACCGUCGAACAUAAACUGGCUCGAUCGAAGCGUUGUGAGUACGGUCGGCCAUUGUUGUGCAGGUUUGAUGUCAAUAUAUACGUAUGCCAAUAACCUUUGGUCACUCGUUGGUUGAAGCUGAA